CGGACCGGGGCGCGGGUUGAUCAGCUGGCUCGGCUGUGGUCUGCUGCUCGGCUCUGCACUUGGCCGUCCGCCGUUAGGCCGUGUUGUGAAGGCGGUGAUCAGACGCCGCAGACCUGCGACAUGGCGGAGCCCCAGCGGCGGGCGGCGGUGGUGCGCCGCUCCUCAUGCGCUGACAGUGGCCCGCAGGCCAAGCGCCAGCGGUACACGUCGGACGCGAGCAUCGUGGUGCCCACUCAGCGACCUGGAAAGAUCCUGCAGGUGACGCUGAAGAACUUCAUGUGCCACGAGAACCUCGAGAUCAAGCUCAACGAGAGUGUCAACUUCAUCACGGGCGAGAAUGGCAGCGGCAAGAGUGCCGUGCUGACCGCCAUCAUGGUGGGCUUGGGCAGCCGGGCCAAAGGAACCGACCGGGGCUCCUCCCUCCCUGCGCUGAUUCGGAACGGCCAGUCGUCGGCCGAGGUGACAGUGAAGCUGUGCAACACUGGUGAGCUGGCCUACAAGAAGGACCUGUACGGCGACGCCAUUUUCGUGAAGAGAACCAUCCGCAAAGACGGUUCCUCCUUCUCCAUCAAGUCCGCUGCCGGGAAGAAAAUUGCUAGCAAGGGAAAGGAUCUGGAAGGUAUUCUGGAUGCACUGAACAUACAGACGGAUAAUCCCAUCACGGUCCUCACGCAGGACACGUCCAAAACCUUCUUGUUCGUAAAUGACCCGAGGAAGAAGUACCAGUUGUUCUUGCGCGCCACUCGACUGAAGCACAUCAUGGACGACUAUGAAAGCAUCGACCGGAAUCUGCGGUCAGCCGAAGACAGCCUGGAUACAAAAAGAGAAGGUCUUUGCGAGGGAGAAGGAGAGGGCCUGAGGAGCUGA